AUGAGUAGCUUCGACACGUACCCAGAGUGGCCUGACGGUCUCGGCGAUCCAAGAGUGAGCGCUCUCGCAUCAAACCACCCACGUACGGCAACCGAUCGCCAUGAAGUUAUAGCCAAGUUCAGAGCCCGAGAAGCCAAGCCUCUAGCACAAAAGAAGCGCCCUCAUAUUCGUCAUUUUCAAGGCAUUCAGCUUCCACAAAGUCGAUGCAGUUUCCACUUUCAUUGCCGUGGAGCUCCUGCCACGAAGCAGUGCCACAGUUGCGCCAAUUUUGGGGAGAACCAGCAUGGAUACUAUUGCGAUGCCUGUUUCGCUGCUCGACACCCUGAUUUCCGGUUACCACACACCUGGACUCCAGUUCAAGAUGUCACUAACCAGGAAGAAGAAUGGAUAGCACACAUCACAAGGCAUCACCUUGAGCAGGAUGCAGCAGAGCUGAAAUUGCUACUCACCGAAACACAGGCGUUUCUGGCUCGGUCUUCUUUGCCUGCAACAACCGCGACACCACCACCCACCGAAAAAAAUUCCGCACCCCAGACUAUCUCAACGUCAAUCGAUUUCAAGAAUACUUACACGACGGUGUCGAGAGUAUAUGGCACUUUGCAAGAGUUGCUGGGUCAAAUUCAUGAUCAGCUCGAGCAGAAACCGCCUCUGACGCGUGAAGAAGCCUUAGCGAAAAUUCAGUCGAUGUGGAAGAUUCGUAAGGCUCGAAAACAACUAAAGGCACUAGUCCGUGAGGUCUACACCAGUUUCGAGGACCCUACUACAGGUCAAACGUAUUAUUACAACAGGUAUACCAAGGAAACUCAAUGGACGAAACCAGCUGCACUUGGAAGCGAAGAUCUGUCAAGUUGCUGCUCUAAUACGCGAAAGAAGACGAAGAUAACUUUUGAGUCGAGGGAGGAGGAAGAACGACACGCAGUCUUGAAGCUGCAGGCGAUGGCACGCUGUCAUCUAGCGCGACGUCACAUGAGAAAGCUAAUCUCAUCUAUUUACGAGAAGAUUUGGGAUACCAGUACGCAACGAUUCUACUAUCACAACACCAAGUCGAAAGAAGUAAAAUGGGAGAAACCACGGUGGGUGAAUGAUGAAGAUUUACAAAUUCCUCGAUCACGCUACAAGCAGCUUAAAGCUGACGAGGCAACUCCGAGUAAUAUGGUGACGAAAAUGAAUCCAAAAAAGACACGGAGCGAGUCGUUGACGCCUGAAACUGCAGCUUGCAUGGUACAGCGCGCAUACCGACGCAAGAUAGGCUUUCGGAACUUGCUAAAGAUGUGUCGCGCUGUCUACGAGCGCAUUUACGACCCAGAACAGGGACUGUAUUAUUAUUACAACACACGCACAAAGGAGACAACUUGGGAUAAACCGUUGCUGUUACGAGGGGCGGAAUCCGAUGUAUUCACGCCUCGGACUCGCCAGAAGAAGGAACGUGAAGAGAUGCUAACACCUGACAAAGCUGCACGAAUGGUGCAGCGCGCGUUCCGACGGAAAAAGGGUUUCCAGAAUCUGCUUCAGAUGUGCCGAGCAGUUUACGAGCGGAUCUACGAUCCAGACCAGGGCAUGUACUAUUACCACAACACCCGUACGAAGGAAACGACAUGGGAGAAACCUCUGCUGUUGCGUGGAGCUGACUCGGACGUGUUUACACCUCGCACUCGCCAGAAAAAACUAGAAUCACUGAUGUCGGCAACGAUAUCAAGGAAACCUUUUCAGUGGACGGAGGAGGAGGCAGCGACACGACUUCAAGGUCUUUACCGAGCGAAGAAAGCCAAGCAGGAACUUGGUACGAGACUGAUGCAGCGUUUCAAGCAAGCUUUCGAUCCGAGUUCUGGCCAAGCAUACUACGUGGACACGUUAACGCAAGAGGUGAGCUGGGAUCCACCAGCUCUAGCACGUCGAGCUGGCGUCCAAAUCGAGACCUUCGAAGAGUAAGCUUAACGUUUUAAUAGCAGCAACGAGUCGUUACUGCAUCAUCACCAAUCAUGCA